AUGAAGAGCCACAGAGGAAGAUCUAGAGCCAAGCAUGGUGCCAACCAAGCUCAAGAUGCAGAAUGGUCAAUGUCUGCGCUUCCAGACGAUAUAACCGCAGACAUUCUCAUGCAACUCCCCUUGAAAAGCAAAAUUCAAUGUAGGUGUGUAUGCAGGACCUGGCGCAAUUUACUCUCCGACUCGUACUUAUCUGAAUUUCAACGUGAAAGAGCUCAAUCCAUGCUUGUACUUCGCUCGCCACCGUCAUGUGUUUCCAGGAAAGCUGCAGCCCUUGCCCCGAACGAUUUUUACGUGGUUGAGCUCGAAUCAGGUUCAGUUCGACAUAAUGUCAUGAAGUUAAACACCAAAAACAAUCUCCCUACCUGUCAUGUCGAACUGGUGGGCUCAUGCAACGGCUUGCUUUGUUUGUUUGAUAAAAAUUCGAAAAAAGUUUUUUACCUUUGUAAUCCAGUGACAGGUGAACAUGUCAGGACUCCUGUGAAUUGCAAGAAGGAAAAACAGAGAGGGCAAACGAUAUUGGAUGCGGUUCUUGGGUUUGGAUUUAGUCCUGAAAGCAAUCAUUACAUGGUUUUAAGAGUAACCCGUAAGAAACUUACUUAUCCUAAUUCUAUUCUCCGUUCAGAAGGUGAAAUUUGCAUAUUUGGAGACAAUGAGUGGAAAAGUAUUGGGGAGAUUCCAUUCCCAGAUUGUAAGAAAUUCUUUGGUGUUUCUCUGAAUGGAGCUCUUCAUUGGAUUCUUAACCUUGAUGACUAUGAAGAUGCUGAUUUGAUUUGUGCUUUAGAUAUUGACAGCAAAAAGAUUAGGCCAAUGUCGCCACCGAAUGGCUUCAGGAGGGAUACUACAGAGAUGACCUUGGGAGUACUAAGAGAUUGUCUCUUUAUAUGUGACAGUAUGACUUUGUAUAAUCUUGACAUAUGGGUGAUGAAAGAAUAUGGAGUCAAGGAUUCCUGGACUAAAGAGAUUGUAAUUGCGAAGACCUCGCUUCCUUCGAAUCUGCAAAAUUCCUUUCUCCAGCCAAUUAUGGUUUCUAAGGAUGGAGAGGUUUUGAUUUCAAGUGAUUCCAACGUUUUUGUUUGGUAUGAUCCAGGAAGUAAAAGUUUCACAAAAGUAACCCUACCCAGCAGGGUUGGGUCCGAAUUCAAAGCAGUUUGUUCUGUUGCAAGCUUUGAUUCGCUAUCUGCCAUCAUGAAGAAAGAAUGCAGGAGGGAUCAAUGCUACACAGCAAGAUAA